GCCGUUGUAAACGCUUCCUAGUUUCUCUUUAGACCGCGGGUGAGUCAAUUUCCAAGUAGGUGUGGAGUUCGUUGCUUGGGUACAAGCUGUAAUCUAUCAGUUUCCCUAACUGAAUUUGCUUUCAACGGAGCUGUGAAGAAGAUCUGAUAUGCCACUUGAAUUAAUCAAAGAAGUCAAUGGAGUGCCUCAAGUUGAUCUGCUAAGUAAAUUACACAAAAUAGAUUUUAGAUCCCUACAGCCAGAUUGUGAUUAUAGCCAGAAAUAUAUCCAGGGAAAACUUUCACUUAUCUCUUCUUUAACUUAUGGUGAAAACAAAAGAGCUGUUUUGAAGAUUGGACUGCAAGAACAGGAAAAUUCAAAUUCGGAGAUCAACACCAUCAACAUAUUACUUUUUGGAAAACUAGCGAAAGACUGUGCUAAAGUUUUCUACGAUGGGGACACCAUUGCAGUGGCUGGAUUUGUUGUUUUGUCAGCAGCAUCUACAAGCAAAGAUGGUAAACAUAGCUUAUUUUUGAAAGCAUCUGAGGACUUCCAAUCAACUGUUUAUGUUUAUGUUAAAUCUGUAAGAGAUUUUUCUACAGAAUCAAUGUCUUUGGUUCCAGCAACGCAUUAUAUAUACACGCCCCUGAAUCAGCUUAAGGGUGGCAUGAUUGUCAAUGUCUAUGGUGUCGUGAAGUUCUUCAAGCCUCCAUAUCUAAGCAAAGGAACUGAUUAUUGCUCGGUUGUAACAAUUGUGGACCAGACAAAUGUAAAGUUAACCUGCCUGUUCUUCAGUGGAAAUUAUGAAGCCCUUCCAGUAAUUUAUAAAAAUGGAGAUAUUGUUCGCUUUCACAGGCUGAAGAUCCAGGUAUAUAAAAAGGAGACUCAAGGUAUCACCAGCUCUGGUUUUGCAUCUUUGACAUUCGAGGGAACUUUAGGAGCUCCUAUUAUACCUCGUACUUCAAGCAAGUGUUUUAACUUCACCACCGAGGACCACAAAAUGGUGGAAGCCUUACGUGUUUGGGCAUCUACUCACAUUUCACCUUCCUCAACGUUAGUGAAAUUGUGUGAUGUUCAGCCAAUGCAGUAUUUUGACCUGACUUGUCAGCUCUUGGGCAAAGCAGAAGUGGAUGGAGCAUCGUAUCUUCUAAAGGUAUGGGAUGGCACCAAGACUCCGUUCCCAUCUUGGAGAGUCUUAAUACAAGACCUUGUUUUUGAAGGUGAUUUAAACCACAUCCAUCGGCUGCAAAAUCUGACAAUAGACAUUUUAGUCUAUGAUAACCAUGUUCAAGUGGCCAAAUCUCUGAAGGUUGGAAGCUUUCUUAGAAUUUAUAGCCUCCACACAAAGCUCCAGUCAGUCAAUUCAGAGAACACGGCAACAUUUUUAGCCCUGGAGUUUCAUCUCCAUGGAGGUACCAGUUAUGGUCGGGGAAUCAGAGUCCUGCCAGAAAGUAACUCUGAUGUGGAUCAACUGAAAAAGGUUUUAGAGUCUGCAGAUUUACCAGCCAGUCAGUGCUUAGAUGGUAUAUGUCAAUCACAACAAGAGGACACCUUUUCAAAUAUUUCAAGCUCUGGAUCAGUAUCACUGUAUGAGGUUGAAAGAUGUCAACAGCUGUCAGCUACAAUACUUACAGACCAUCAAUAUUUGGAGAAAACCCCACUGUGUGCUAUUUUGAAACAAAAAGCUCCUCAACAGUAUCGUGUCCGAGCAAAAUUAAGGUCAUAUAAGCCCAGAAGACUCUUUCAGUCUGUUAAACUCUAUUGUCCGAAGUGUCAUUCACUGCAAGAAGUUCCACAUGAGGGCGAUUUGGAUAUAAUUUUGCAAGAGGGUGCAAACAAAACCCCAGAUACUAAACUACAAAACACAUCACUAUAUGAUUCGAAAAUCUGGACCACUAAAGAUCAAGGAGAACGAAAAGUAGCAAUUCAUUUCGUGAAAAACAAUGGUAUUCUCCCACUGUCAAAUGAUUGUCUAAUUUUGAUAGAAGGAGGUACACUCAGUGAAGUCUGUAAACUCUCAAAGAAGUUUCAUAGUGUAAUUCCUGUGAGAUCUGGCCAUGAAGACCUGGAACUCCUCGACCUUUCAGCACCAUUCCUUAUACAAGGAAAAAUACAUCAUUAUGGAUGUAAACAGUGUUCUCAUUUGAGAUCAAUUCAAAAUCUAAAUUCCUUGGCUGAUAAAACAACGUGGAUUCCUUCUUCUGUGGCAGAAGUACUGGGUAUUGUACCCCUACAACAUGUGUUUGUGAUGACAUUUACUCUUGACGAUGGAACAGGAGUACUGGAAGCUUAUCUCAUGGAUUCUGAAAAAUUCUUCCAGAUUCCAGCAUCAGAAGUCCUACUCAGUGAUAACCUUCAGGAAAUUAUGGAUAUGAUUAUGGAUAUGUUUUGUCCUACAGGAGCAAAAAUUGAUGCAUAUCCAUGGUUGGAAUGCUUCAUCAAGUCGUAUAAUGUCACAAGUGGAACGGAGCAGCAAAUUUGCUAUCAGAUUUUUGACACCACAGUUGCAGAAGAUCUUAUCUAAUUUUGACAUUCAACUUAGCAUAUGUAAAAUACUGUAAUUUUAGAAAACAUUACUAUUUUCUAUGAGAUUGUUAUAACACAUGGAAUAAAAAUUUAGCUCUAUAGUUUAUUUUCCAUUUUAACCAGUACUUAAAAACUUUUUUGACAAAUAGGCAUUGUGUUAUCUUAACGCCCUCUUGUAAGUUAAAAAUGUUCCUGUUGCACAGAAUGUCCAAUAUGAUGGCCAUGAGGGAUAUAAAAGAGAGACAUCAAAUAAGUAAGGACUGCAUUUUCAUUAACUCUUUGCAGUCCUUGAAGAGAAGGUAUUUUGUUACCCUACCCUAAAAAUCACUUUCCCUGUUGGUUUUUCCAUGUCUCUGUCACUGAUUUGUCUGCCAUAUACCAUCCCUGGUUGGUUCAAAAUUUUUCUGUUCUGAUUUUUAUAUCAGUAGCGUGGAUUAUUUUAGCCUGUAUAUGAGAUGAGAAAAUGUCUUUACCUUAAAUCUUCCACUUUUACUGGGUACAAGGAUUUGUUUUGUUUUGUUUUCAUACAAGAGGAUCUGCUUAAACAAGUACCCCUUGAAGAAGUGUUUGUCUCAGUGAGCUACACUGUGCUGGAAAGAGUGAUUUUUCUUUAAGUGGAAGUGGCAGAAUUGCCUCCUUUAAGGGCUGAUAUUGACCAAUUAAGGCUAAACCCAUUUUUUUCAGACUGGAAUUAUGUGUGUGUUUGUUUCACCACAUGAUGUGAUAAGUUAUUCUUUUCCACCUCAGCUUAAUCAAGUGGUCUGAUUUGCAAUGUUAGUGACUUAUUUAUGUAACCCUUUUCGUUAGAGUCUUAUGUAAAAUAUAUUUCAGCUUGAACACUGUAUGAGAGGUUAACUCAGUAUGAUAGUCGGCAUUUUACCUGACAGUAUUCAUCAAAUUUAAAAUCAUGAAUAUUCAUUUUUAUGCAAAUGCUUCUAUAUAUUUGUAUAUAUGUAUAGAUUUAUGUAUGUUAUUUGCUAAAGUCUGAGAGGUACAGAUCUACUUAGUUCAAUAUAAGUAAAGAAUAAAUAAAUGCGCACAUUUCAACUCUUUCAUUUAUUUGCCCUAUAUUGAGCUGAGGCAUGAUUUGAGGAGAAGAAUCAAAGCAGGUGUGUAAAUACUGCAGAUACUUAGGACCGUUUGUAUACCAGGUACUGUGCUAAGUAAGCACUUGAUGUAUAUUUUAGUUUCAAAACAACCAUUUUCCUGAGAAGAAAACUGAGGCUUUAUAGGUGAGUUGCCUUGACUAAACGCAUACAAAUUAUUCAGUGCCAGCCAGCAUUUGAAUUCAGGUAAUCUCUGCUCAGAAGCUGCACUAUGGACCACAUCAAGAUUCUGUAGCAAAAGCUAGUAUCAUGGGGUGUCCUGCAAAUGAGUUCUGCCUUAAAUAUCUGAAGUAACAUUGGAAAGAGAGUCAAUGAUGUGUUCUCUUAUUCUAACCAAAAGACUUUUUCACACCUUCCUGGCAAACAGGAUUUUCUCUGCUCAUAGUAACACUAAAUUCUAGUUCCUGAGUAUAUUAGCACAUCUCCAGACCUAACUACCCAUCUCCCCCAUUAUUGAAUUAUCAGCUUGUUUGUGACAGUGAAAGAGACUGACGAUGCUGUUUUGGAGAUGUCCACUCUUGGUUCAAAACAUAUUCAAGGCAGAACUUUUAAGAUCCCUAUAAUUGAACAGGUAUGUCUCCAUAUCCGUGGUAUGCCAGGAAUGCUAAAGUGAGACGUUUUCUCUUAGGGAAGCACCCAGCCUCUGGGAGAAUAGGAGUUAAGAGGUGCAGGGGACACUGCACUGUGUCAGCCUCCCUAAAAAUUCUUCCUAUGAAUUUUCAUGAUUUCUCUUUUUCUUUGUUUUGUUUUUAUUUUAAAUAAACCCCUACAUUGUCCUCAUUUGUUUGGUUUUCUAACUUCUCUGUUUUGAACAAGAAGAGUUCGUCAACCCCUAGUGUUUAUCCAGUGGUGGUGUGUGUGCCUUACCCAAAUCGGAAACCCAAAUUUUAGGGCAAUUCUAUUUCUGGAGCAGCAACUAGACCCUAGUUCUUUAUGCCCAGAUUUGAGCCCUGUGCCCUUUGUUGUCCUUGUGAUUAGUGGUAGAAUCUUCCUGUCAGAUUUAAAGUUACAUAAAUUUAAGAAUGUAGCUUGUGUCCAGUCUCUUCCUCAGUUUCAGUCCCCUCAGCAUCCAUUGUUUCAGAUGUUACCGAUUGUCGCUCCUGCACGGUUAUGUAUGGAAAGAGAGUGCAUGUCUUACAAGAUCUGAGGAGGUUGAUUCUUCCUUAUCAAGUUGUGAUAAUGCAAACUGCACUGCUCGCAGGCUUUUCCUGCAGCCACCCUCAUUAUACUGCUUUAUCUGAGGGACCUGUACCUGCCAAGAAGCAGUGCCUCAUUCCCCAUGUCUCUUUGUUGCCCUGGUCACGUUGCGCAUUGGGUGUUGUUUCUAAAUGAACAGAGAAAAACUGGUGAUGGCAAAAUAGAAGAAGCUGAAUAAAUCUCUGACUACCUGGGAAAGCAGUCUUCACACAAUACCAGCUGCCUGGUUUUCGAAUCAGUGUAGAUCCUGUGCCUGGGCUACAUGCACACACAGAAAUGGACCAAAAUCUUCCCCUGCCCACUCCCCAGCUGACUGCCAUGCUGUUUCUGAAGUCAAAGCAUGCAUUUGUCACUGAUUGUGACUCUCAAUCCAGCCAAUUCUCUUCUACACUCUCUGGAAGUUUUCAUAAAGUGCAACAUUCUGAUUAUUUUCAGUGUUUUGAAUUUUGACCAUGUGCUUCAUCAAAUUUUGUUUUUAUCCAGCAUUUUUUUUAAAUAAAAGUAAUAUGUACUUGUAAGUAUUUGAAAGGGCAUUAAGUAUGUAAGGUUGAAUUAAUUCCUGCUUUAACUAGUAACCCCCAGAGGAAACCACUUUUAACAGUUUGGUGUAUAAUUUUUCCAGACUGUCUUCCCUGAGAACAUGUAAGUAUGCUUAUAUAUACUUUUUUUUUCAAAAAUAGCAUCAUGCUGUGAAUAUAUUUCUGCAACUUGCUUCUGUCAUUUUGUAGACUUUUUUUUUAUGUCAGUACACAGAGGGAGAAAAUUGUUUGUAAUCACACAACAUAAGUAACUUUUUGGUAGAGAAUUCUCUGAUUAUUUCACUUCCUAAUUUUAUAAUGGUAUUGGGUCUAUUUAAGUGUUAUGUUUCUUACCAUGCCAAUUUUGAUAUUUUAAAUUUUUAUAGAAUGUAUUUAUGUUGUCUGUUUUGUUGCCUUCAUUAUCUUAAAGUUAUUCAUAGUAGUAGUAUUCAGUCUGUGUUUUAUCUGGUGUUAUUUUCCCUUUAAAUAAAUCUGGAGCCCCUGCGACCUGGUCUCAUAUAUCUCCUGAAGGUUUUCAGGUUGAUCAGAAUCUUGAAAGCCUGUCCAGACAUCCUCAGACAAGUCAAGACUCUGCCAUGACAUAGCUGUCUUGAUAUAUUCUUUUAUGCUUUGAAAAGCCCAUUGUGAAAAGAAUUACAUUAAUGUAAGAAGGAAAAACACCUCCCGUGACGCUUUUCAUUAGGAAAUUCAGGCACUGUGAAGGCUCUGAUGAGUCACGCUAAAGUUCUAGAACGUAAUUUUAGGGGAAAUAAAAAAAAAAUCUCUUCCUGUGUUUGUCCCUCAGGGUCUCCAGAUCAUGUCAAAUCCCUUCAUCCACUCCAGGAAAAGGAGAACUAGGCGGCUCAAAAUCUGGGCAGAGCGAUCUUUCCUCUCUUCUCUCUGGUACUUGGAAAUAGCAUCAGAAGUCACCAGUGUGCUCAGGUAUGUGAGAUUAUAUCUUUCAGCAGUCAGGACAUGAAUCAGUAGUCCUAUGUAUUAUUUUUCCCUGCAGUAUUGUGAUUUAAGCUGUUAGGAAAUUUGAGAUCACUUAGGGUUUCAAAGUGAUGAUCAUCUUGCAUGGAGAUUAAUGCCCCUUCCAUUCAGGAUGGCAUUUGAUGGGUAGAGACGUGUUAGGCAUCAAUUACAAUGAUAAGGGUAAUGCAUCAGUGCGUAUGGGAGUUCUCCCUCAGAUGUGCUGAUUGGUGGAACAUGGAUAGUUCAGAGACUCCUCUGCUAUUUUUAGACCAUAGCAGCAUCCUGAUGAAUGUCUCUUUUUUUCCCCUUGAAAUCUAGGCCACAAAGUCAUGCUGGUAUUCCUGUGAGCGUGUGUCUUGAGCGCAUGUUUGCGUUUAUUCUCUGCUUUGAGUUCACUUUGCAGGGUAGUAUGUUGGAAUUUACUUGACAACCUUGUCCAUAAGCCACCGAAGAAAGACAUUAUCAACUUCUGUGAAAAGUUUCUCUUAUUUCACCUACUCACAGUACUUUGAAGAUUUGGAACAUAUUUUUUACUGAAAGCUUUAUGUAUUAAUAAAAUAUCCUAUCAAA